CCUAACGAUGUCUGAAGUGUGACCAACUUCAUGGCGCGAUAAAUUGAAAAGCACGGGUAACCGGGGUAAGCGGAGCACUCCGGCCGAGGCCUGAGCCUGAGGAUCCGUGGUUGUGUUGGAAAGUGUUUAUCAUCUGCCAGGCAAUAUAUUAUGAAAGCAAUGUCCCAUCAUUACGUGGUGACGGCACAUAAACCAACGGCUGUCACUGCCUGCGUGACCGGUAAUUUCACCUCACCGACGGACUUGAAUCUGAUCCUGGCCAAGAAUGUACGUUUGGAAAUAUACCUCGUGACGCCGGAGGGCCUGCGGCCCCUGAAGGAGGUUGGGAUCUACGGCAAGAUAGCCGUCAUCAAAUUCUUCAGACCGCCGCAUGAGAAGAAGGAUCUUCUGUUUCUAUUAACCACACGUUAUAAUGCGAUGAUCUUGGAAUGUAUCGGCGAGGGAGAGGAUAUAGAGAUUAUAACGAAAGCUCACGGGAAUGUGGCGGAUCGUAUCGGGAAGGCUUCGGAGACUGGGAUUAAAGCUGUCAUUGACCCAAAAGCACGAGUAAUCGGUCUCAGAUUGUACGAUGGCCUCUUCAAAAUUAUACCUUUAGACAAGGAUAAUCCAGAGUUAAAAGCGUCUUCAAUCCGUAUGGACGAGCAGCAAGUGCAAGAUGUCAAUUUUCUCCACGGAUGUGCUAAUCCUACCUUAAUUCUCAUUCAUCAGGAUAUCAAUGGUAGACACGUAAAAACACACGAGAUUAACUUGAGAGAUAAAGAAUUUGCCAAGAUACCAUGGAGGCAGGAUAAUGUGGAGCGAGAGGCUAUGAUGGUCAUUCCCGUACCUUCUCCCAUUUGUGGCGCAAUCAUAAUAGGACAGGAGAGUAUUUUGUAUCACGAUGGUACUACAUACGUCGCGGUGGUACCGCCUAUUAUAAAGCAGAGCACCAUUACUUGCUACGCCAAGGUAGAUAAUCAAGGACUGAGGUAUCUGUUAGGAGAUAUGGCUGGUCAUUUAUUUAUGUUAUUUUUGGAGCAAGAAAAGAAACCUGAUGGAACGAUGGUAGUGAAGGACUUGAAAGUCGAAUUGUUGGGUGAAAUCAGUAUACCAGAAUGUAUAACUUAUCUGGACAAUGGCGUAAUAUAUGUCGGUAGUCGCCUGGGUGAUUCUCAAUUGAUCAAAUUAAUUACAAAGGCAGAUGAGAAUGGAUCCUAUUGCGUACCUAUGGAGACAUUCACGAAUCUGGCGCCUAUCGUCGACAUGGCUGUGGUAGACUUGGAAAGACAGGGCCAAGGGCAGAUGGUCACGUGCUCGGGUGCCUUCAAGGAAGGCUCUCUCAGAAUCAUCAGAAAUGGUAUAGGCAUACAGGAACACGCGAGUAUCGAUCUACCAGGGAUUAAAGGCAUGUGGGCACUAAAGGUUGGCGGUUCACAAUAUGACAACACACUGGUACUGUCGUUCGUCGGACAGACUAGGAUUUUAACUUUAAAUGGCGAGGAAGUCGAAGAGACGGAUAUUCCGGGUUUUGUCUCGGAUGAGCAAACCUUUCAUACGGGCAACGUUACUGACGAUUUGUUCAUUCAAAUAACUCCGAACUCUGUUAGAUUGAUAUCGUACGAGAGUAAAAUGGUCGUCUCCGAGUGGGAGCCGCAAAACAAAAGGACCAUCAGUGUGGUAGCUUGCAAUGGCACGCAAGUCCUUUGCGCAACGGGAAAUGAUCUGUUCUACAUAGAGAUCUCAUGCAAUCAGAUUGUAUCCAAGGGAUUCGUCACCUUGCAAUACGAGGUAGCGUGCCUGGACAUUUCCCCCCUGGACGGCGUCAACGAGGCCAAGAUUGCAGCUGUUGGACUCUGGACGGACAUAUCUGUUCGGAUCUUAACUCUGCCCAAUCUAGAGCAGAUUAAUAAAGAGCUUCUUGGGGGCGAGAUUAUACCUAGGUCCAUCUUAAUGACUUGUUUCGAGGGUAACACAUAUUUACUUUGCGCACUAGGCGACGGGAGCAUGUACUAUUUUAUCUUACAGCGACAAAGCGGGGUGCUCUCGGACAAAAAAAAGGUCACCUUAGGCACACAACCUACUGUUCUCAGAACCUUCCGAUCUCUCUCCACGACGAAUGUGUUCGCGUGCUCGGACAGGCCCACUGUUAUUUAUUCCUCGAAUCACAAGCUUGUUUUCAGCAAUGUCAAUCUCAAAGAGGUAAACCACAUGUGCUCCUUGAACGCGGAAUCUUAUAGCGACAGUUUGGCACUGGCGACCGAUAGUACCGUUACCAUCGGUACAAUUGACGAGAUCCAAAAGCUGCAUAUAAGAACGGUUCCGCUUGGGGAGUCUCCAAGGAGAAUCGCUUAUCAGGAAAGUUCACAGACCUUCGGCGUGAUCACAAUGCGAGUUGACGUACAGGAGAGCAGCGGGGUGAGCAUCGUCAGGCAUUCCGCGUCUACUCAGGCGGCGUCCACCUCCAGUAGCAGCCACGUCGCCUCGCAUAACAAACCCAGCGGACACACGGCCAGUGAGAUUGGCCAGGAGAUCGAGGUGCACAAUCUCCUUAUCAUCGAUCAGCAUACUUUCGAAGUUUUGCACGCCCAUACGCUGAUGGCCACCGAGUACGCGUUAUCAUUGAUCUCGACAAGACUGGGCGAGGAUCCGACCUCUUACUUUGUGGUUGGGACCGCGUUUAUAAAUCCCGACGAGACUGAGCCCAAGAUGGGCAGGAUACUGCUGUAUCACUGGAGCGAUGGCAAGUUCACGCAGGUCGCGGAAAAGGAGAUCAAGGGCUCGUGUUAUUCCUUGGUCGAAUUUAACGGAAAGCUCCUGGCGAGCAUCAACAGUACCGUGCGACUGUUCGAGUGGACCGCGGAAAAGGAGCUCAGAUUGGAGUGCAGCCACUUUAACAAUAUUAUAGCGCUAUAUUUGAAAACUAAAGGCGACUUUGUUUUAGUGGGGGAUCUAAUGAGAUCCCUCACGUUACUUCAAUAUAAGACUAUGGAAGGCAGCUUUGAGGAAAUAGCCAGAGACUACAAUCCUAAUUGGAUGACUGCCAUCGAGAUAUUAGACGACGAUACUUUUUUGGGCGCCGAAAAUUGCUUCAAUCUCUUCGUAUGUCAAAAGGACAGCGCCGCGACGUCGGAAGAUGAGAGGCAGCAAAUGCAAGAAGUAGGCCAGUUUCAUCUAGGCGACAUGGUCAACGUUUUCCGGCACGGCUCGUUGGUGAUGCAGAAUUUGGGAGAAUCAAGCACGCCGACCCAGGGUUGCGUAUUAUUCGGCACUGUGAGCGGCGCGAUCGGUCUGGUGACGCAAAUACCAUUUACGUUUUACGAAUUUCUGCGCAACAUGGAGGACAAGCUGAACACCGUGAUAAAGAGCGUGGGCAAAAUAGAGCACAAUUUUUGGAGAAGUUUUAAUACAGAAUUGAAGAUUGAGCAGUGCGAGGGAUUCGUAGAUGGCGAUCUGAUAGAAAGUUUCCUCGAUCUGAACAGCGAAAAGAUGGCAGAAGUUGCAACAGGUCUUAUGAUCGAUGAUGGCAGCGGCAUGAAAAAGGAAGCGACGGUAGACGAUCUUGUAAAAACAGUGGAGGAUCUUACAAGGAUACAUUAAAUGUUGUAUAAGUAAACGAUAUUUUAAAUUCAUGGAAUGUAUCUAUAAGAAUAUUAGAAGGUAUAUAUAGAAGAUUCAAACGGUGAUUUAAGCGGGAGCGCGAAUGUUUAUACAGUUACUUUCGUUAGUGCUGAUACACGAAAGAGAUGACGUAAAUUUUUUCUUACCUUUCGGCUUCAUUCUAUAAAAUUGUUUUCUCUGCUUUUUUUUUAACAUUUCUGAGAAUUGUGUGAGUUUAUUUCGUUAGCAUCCGUUGCAGUAUUUUUUAGAAUCAACUGUAUGACGUAGAAGUAAUGUUACAACAACAUUCGUUAAUGAUUGUUUUUCAAGGGAUGCUCCAAGAUUUGUAGAGUAAUAUCUUUAUAUCUUUGUAAGAUCGAGUGUAAAUAAAAAGGAUGAUGCAUUUUGAGGUAA